UGCCGGCGCCGGACGGACGGGCCGAGCCCGGAGCGCCGCCAUGGGCCCGGGGCCCCCGGCGGCCGGAGCGGGGGCGCCCCCGCGGCCGCUGUCCCUGGUCGCGCGGCUGAGCUACGCCGUGGGCCACUUCCUCAACGACCUCUGCGCGUCCAUGUGGUUCACCUACCUGCUGCUCUACCUGCACUCGGUGCGCGCCUACAGCUCGCGCGGCGCCGGCCUGCUGCUGCUGCUCGGUCAGGUGGCCGACGGGCUGUGCACGCCCCUCGUGGGCUUCGAGGCUGACCGCGCCGCAGGCCGCUGCGCCCGCUUCGGCCCGCGCAAGGCCUGGCACCUGGUCGGCACCAUCUGCGUCCUGCUGUCCUUCCCCUUCAUCUUCAGCCCCUGCCUGGGCUGCCAGGCCAGCACGCCUGAGUGGGUUGCCCUCCUCUACUACGGGCCCUUCAUCGUGAUCUUCCAGUUCGGCUGGGCUGCUACACAGAUUGCCCACCUCAGCCUCAUCCCGGAGCUCGUCACCAACGACCAUGAGAAGGUGGAGCUCACGGCUCUCAGGUACGCCUUCACCGUGGUGGCCAGCAUCACCGUCUAUGGGGCUGCCUGGCUUCUACUCCACCUGCAGGGCUCUCCCCACAUGGGGUCCACCCAGGAUGUCUAUGACCAGCUGGGGGUCCAAGAUGUGCCGGUGUUCCGGAACCUCUCGCUGUUGGUGGUGGGCAUUGGAGCUGUCUUCUCACUGCUGUUCCACCUGGGCACCAGGGAGGGGCGCCGGCGGCAGGUGGAGGAGCCAGAUGAACACAGCCCCCUGUUGGCCCCUGCUACUGCCCGGCCCUUGCUGCUCUGGAAACACUGGCUUCGGGAGCCGGCCUUUUAUCAGGUGGGCUUGCUGUACAUGAGCACGAGGCUCAUUGUGAACCUGUCCCAGACAUACAUGGCCAUGUACCUGACCUACUCCCUCAACCUGCCUAAGAAGUUCAUCGCCACCAUCCCGCUGGUGAUGUACCUCAGCGGCUUCCUCUCCUCCUUCCUCCUGAAGCCCGUCAACAAGUGCAUCGGGAGGAAUAUGACCUACUUUGUGGGCCUCCUGGUGAUCCUGGCCUUCGCAGCCUGGGUGGCACUGGCAGAUGAGCUGGGUGUGGCUGUGUACGUGGUGGCUGUGCUGCUGGGCACGGGCUGUGCCACCAUCCUCGUCACCUCGCUGGCCAUGACGGCUGACCUCAUCGGCCCCCACACGCACAGCGGAGCCUUCGUGUAUGGCGCCAUGAGCUUCUCGGACAAGGUGGCCAACGGGCUGGCAGUCAUGGCCAUCCAGAGCCUGCACCCCUGCUCCUCAGAGCUCUGCUGCAAAGCCUGUGUGGCCUUCUACCACUGGGUGAUGGUGGCCGUGACGGGUGGCGUGGGCGUGGCUGCCACCCUGGCUCUGUGCUGUCUCCUGGUCUGGCCCGUCCGCCUUCGGAGCUGGGACCCUGGAGCCCAACCCUGACACUGCCCCAUGGUCCCUUACCCUUUGUAACUUAACCGCGACUGUGAAUACUCGCUGCCCAACGAGGCCUGGAGCGGCCCCUUUGCUGCUCUGAUCCCACUCCUGCGUCUGUCCCG